AAAUCCUAUGUUCAGUCUAUUUUCCACCGGGUUUGAUUGCAGUACUUUAAAUUAAUAUGAAGAGCUUUAUAAAGUGUGCUUCCUCCUUAUUGAUUUUAUGUAUUGCAUCUUGCUCAGCUCAAUAUGAGAAUUGUGAAAUAAAUAACGAGCUGGAUAAGCAAUGUGGAGCGUAUACUUACAGCGUAGUCAAACCUUUCUUCAGAUAUGUGCAAGAAAUAAGAGAUGAUAUCGAUAAAAGUGAAUUGAAAGAUAAAGAAAUAAAAGAACAGAAAGAGAAGUUGCUUCAACUGGAUAUAAAUGCAGUAACUAUUAGGGAAUUGCGAUCACAGAUUGCAGAUCUGCGUCAAAAUAACAAUUAUCUUCAAAGAACAAUUGACGGCUUAACUUCAAUUUCAAAGUGUGAAACAUGUGAAAAUAGAUUUAAUGCAUUAAGCAAAGCACUUGCUGAAAGUAAUAACCAAUUAUCAAGGAGAAAUAUUGAUUUGCAAGCAUGUCAAUCAAGCAUUACUGAGAAAGAUAUUCUAAUUGAUUUACUUGCGCCCAAUAGUUGUGUUCGCUUUGGUCAAGCUGCGGGUAUUCAUCGCAUUGAAGUGCCCGGGAUUAACUCUCUUCUCUCAUUCGAUGCUCUGUGCGAUAGUAAAGCAGCUGGUCCGGGUUGGAUGGUUAUACAACGUCGCUUCGAUGGCAAGGAGAAUUUCUAUAGGGAUUGGGCAUCGUAUCGCGAUGGUUUCGGUUCAUUAGAUGGUGACUUUUUCCUUGGCUUAGAAAAGAUUUAUAGGCUAACAAGCUCGCAGCAAUUCGAACUUUAUAUGUAUAUGGAAGGCUUUGAUGGUUCCAUUAAAUACGCGCGAUACGAUCACUUUGCUAUAUCUGGUGAGGACGAUGCCUACGCGCUGACCAGCUUAGGCGCAUUCUCGGGGAAUGUGCCAAUCGAUGAGCUGCGUUAUCAUGAGCACCAAAAGUUCUCCACUUUCGAUCGCGAGAACGAUAUUUGGCCCAAAGGAAACUGUGCUGUCGACUACAGAGCUGGCUGGUGGUAUAAAGCGUGUGCCAAGUGUCAUUUCACUGGCAGAAUUCUUGAUAGAAGCGUAAGGAAUGGCACAAGCGCCUACUGGCAUGAUUUUAUGGCACUUAGGCGAGUUCAGAUGCUUAUUCGCCCCAAAGAUAAAAAAAAGAUAGGCCCUGAUAGCAGUAAAAUGAGUUCAUCUGAUGAAAUAUAUAUGUACUCUAAAUCCUAAUUUAUACAUCAAUAA